UUUGCUGAAUUUAGUUUUACACCUUUUACAAAUGUUUGCGCCUAUAAUUUGGCCUAAGUUUAAAUAAGCAAACAAGUAACAAAAAAAUGCUUUUUUUAGUUUAAUGUUUGAUCUACAGUGCGUUUAAAAACAUAUUCUGAAAAGGGGAUGAUCCACUGUCUUCCUCAACUAAUCUGUUGUAGGAUUGUUUAAGCUCUUUUACAGCAAAAUAGAAGGAAGCAAUAAACAUGUAUCUGGCAUUAACCCGCAUAUCAAAAUUCCCAUUGCAUGUGCUGUUCCGACUUGUGUGAUUCCAGGUUAUCAAAGAAAACUAUAAAUUUAGACGGUCAGUUCCGACACCUACAGCCACCUCCAGCCAUCCAUUUCCCAUCCAGACGGACUUGUGGAAACUUCAGCUUCCCGUCUCUCUCUCUCCCCAUUUACCUCUGGUUCUUGUUGCUCCCGCAUUUCUGCGCGUUCAACCCGGGUCAGAAUACAGGCUCCUGAUAUCAAAAUUGUGCCGGGACAGUGCUCUCUGGAUAUUGGUCAUAGGAGUAUACGCGCAACCUAUCCAGACCGAAUUCGGGAACUUCUCACACGAUUUCUCCGACUUGCGAAGUUUUAGCAACGGACUUUCUCGGCCGGUAAACUGCAGCAGCAGGUGUUUUUCGAUAGGCCAGCCUACAUUGUUCUGAAUAAACACGUCAAUUGGGUUUCAGAUAGAAAAUCUCGCCCCAAUUACAUCGGCAUUAUCGACAUUGCAAAUUAAAGUAGCCCAUUAAGAAAACAACUCUUCAAAUUAAAAUUCUGAUUCCGGAUUGGUACGGUUGGGAUAUCCGAGAAAAGCUGACGAUAAAUCAGACCAUCUAAUAAGCCGAUUGCAGAGAAUAAAUAGAAAAUCAGCAGGCGAAUGUUGAACAAAGUGCCAGUUUCAUGGUGGACGACACUGUUACAUUGACGUGCAGGGAUGGGCUGGCUUUUAUUGUUGGCAGUAGUGCUGGCCCUGCUCCAAUUUUUAGGAGUUACGCAUGGUACCACGGCGCAACCCAAUCAGGCACAAAUACCCCAACUCAGUACAGCAUCGCCCAUCCCCAAUUUGUCUGGUGGUAUCAUCGGAGGAAACAGAAUCGUGAUAAGCGAUUUUCGAGAAUGGAGAAGAGCAGAUCCGACCCUCAUCAACAGUUUGUGGCGCAGCAAAAUGGGCAACGGUAUCAGAAAGCAGUUAGGAAAUGCCGAAAUCUACAUCAUCUUGGCACUCCUGAUUGGAGUGGUUACCGUUGUGAUUGGCUGUUGGCUUUCCGACAACUGCUGGUCUCCGGACCCGGAAAUCGGCGCAGCUCCGGUGGCCUGACCCCAGCUACGAAACCGUCCAAAGCAUGGAGGGUUCCACAACCACCACGACCCAGGCGUUGUGGUCGUGGAUAUGGGCGAGGAGGAAGGAAACUCCUCACCUGGGGGCCGAUCUUCGAGUCCAGAGAGCGACUGGCCUCUCGUAGAGGUAUCCGAAAGAGAUGUCCUAAACCCCUGACAUCACGUUCUGUGCGAAAAAAACGGAGGUGUGGUGAUGGGUGACCCAGCAGAACUGGAGCCGACGUCCGAAUGCGAGUUGCACAAGAAGCCAAUUUUGGAAAAUGGACACGUUUGCCAGAUCGCAAUGCCAGACGAGGAUUGCGAGAUCCACGACGUUGCGAACGGUGCAACGGUUGGUAUCAAUAUGUGCGACGAUGUAAACAUGGAAAGCUGAGAGUUAGUGUUGGAAGAUAUCAUCGCAAUGAGUGAUACAGAAUAAAAAUAAUCCUAGAAUUAAUGCAGAACUAACUUUAGAAGGUAGUUUUCCAUUGUGACUCAACAAGGACUUUUCUGCGCGGAACUGAUCUAAAGCUCAAUAUUAGAGCUUUAAAUCCUGCAUUUGUAAGGGGAUAUUUAUGUGUCGUAUUGCCAUGUGAUAUAUUGGCUGUAUUUUGAAAUACUUUCAAUCAAUAUGAAUAGCUCAUUAACAUCAUACAUAACUUAACAUCAUUUUGCAGACCAAAAAACCAACUGACCGCUACUACACAAUGGGCUCUUUACUGAACCAAGGCUGUUGUUGCUCAUAGAAGCGCUUCUGUGUGUUAGUUUUUGCAAAUUAGAUUGAGCAAAAAACCAGGUAUAAAUUAU